AUGGCACUCAUUUCUUUUGACUUAGGACUCAAAUGUGAUGCUAACAGGUCAUUUAUCGACCAGGAUGCACCCCCACCGCCUCAUACGGAUGCCCCCCCGACCGACUGGACACCUUAUAACGAUCGAGCUGCAUUUGAGACAGUGGAGUUUGUAUUCACGCGCAAUCAAAUGUCUGCAAAGCAGAUUGAUACACUUCUCGACUUGUGGGUCGCAACUCUCAUUAAGCACAAUGAUGCUCCCCCUUUUGCGAACCAUAAGGACAUGUAUGCUACCAUCGAUGCAACACCACUUGGUGAUACCCCUUGGAAGAGCUUUACGAUGUGCUACAACGGAGUCAGACCUGAACAAGACAUACCGCCAUGGAUGGAUGGAAAAUAUGAUGUAUGGUAUAGAGAUCCAUUGCAAAUGGUGCGCAGCAUGCUGGCAAACUCUGAACUUGAUGGAGGAAUCGAGUUUUCACCAUAUCGUGAUUAUACCACUGAGAACAAACGAUACUGGAAGAACUUCAUGUCGGCUGACUGGGCGUGGAACCAGGCGGAUGUUAUCGCUCAAAAUGAGGAGAAUCAUGGUUCGACAUUCGUGCCAUUGAUUAUCGGCAGCGACAAGACGGUCAUUUCUGUCGCUACUGGCCAAACUGAAUAUCACCCACUUUAUCUCUCAAUUGGGAACAUUCACAAUAGCAUACGACGGUGUAGCACUCGAGCUCGCGCUAGGCCCGAACAUAAUGACGAUAUCAAGUACAGAAAUUUUCGACGGCAACUAUUCCAGCAUUCCCUUGCCAAGAUUUUCGAGUCUGUGAAACCCUUUAUGGAAACUUUUGACGUUACACGCUUUCCGGACGGCCAUUUUCAACAACCCGUGUAUGGCUUGGGCCCAUACAUUGCUGACUAUCCAGAACAGUUAAUUCUCUCUGGCGUCGUGCAGAAUUGGUGUCCACAGUGUCUGGCGAAUAGGAAGGACCUUGACGGCGAUCAACCAUGUCUGCAUCGACACGAAGCACACACCGAGUUGCUCGUCGAACAACUCACACACAAACAGGCUUGGGAUGAGUAUGGCAUCAUUGCCAAUGUUGUCCCAUUUACAAAUGACUUUCCUCGAGCGGACAUCCAUGAGCUCCUAUCGCCGGAUAUUUUACACCAAAUAAUCAAGGGAACUUUCAAGGAUCAUUUGGUUGAUUGGGUGGGUGAUUAUUUGCAGGUCACACAUGGUGCUCGUCAUGUGGCCGAGAUCAUGGAUGACAUUGACCGCAGGAUAGCAGCAGUCGCCCCAUUCACUGGGUUGCGACGCUUUCCUGACAGGCAUGGUUUCCGGCAAUGGACGGGUGAUGACUCAAAGGCAUUGAUGAAGAUCUAUCUAGCUGCAAUCAAAGGCCAUGUUCCUCAAGAUGUGGUGCGCACAUUCAGUGCAUUUCUAGAAUUUUGCUACAUUGUAAGGUGUGAGGCUCUCACUGAAGAUGACCUCGUACAACUCCAAGAUGCCCUCAACCGCUUUCACAAAUACUGGGAGGUUUUCAAGGCAACUGGUGUGGUCUCGACAUUCUCCCUUCCAUGUCAACACUCCCUCAGGUUUAAUGCACUCGGACAAAUGCUACUAACAAAUCAAUGCCUUGACAAACUUGCAGCUGCUUGUGCAGAUUUUGAGGCACGUGGUAUGCUUCAUGGCUCUUGUCUAUCCAACGCUUUGGGAGAACUCCGGAGACGUGCGCGCCUGCAUGUCUACAAACCUCAAAACCAAUCCGUUGAGGUGGAUGCUGGUGAAAUUGUUGAUGGACUGAUCGAGGAGUCCCACGACGGGCUUGCAGCGACUCCCCAUAUCCUUGAACUCGACCUUCCACGCCUCCCUCUUUUGAUGCAAGAAUUCAUCCAUGAUCAGCACUACUUAGAAGACACCAACCCUCCUGAGUUUGAUCUGGAAACAGCACAAGUAUUCCUGGGGAAAGUAGCUGUCUUUAAUUCUGCUGCAGCGUCAUUCCAUGCACCCAGUGAUCUGAGUGGUACUGGAGGUAUGCAUCGCAAGCACAUCCAGGCAACACCAUCGUGGCGCGGUGGCGAACCUAGGCGUGAUUGUAUCUUCGUCAAUAUGGGUGCCAACUUUGACUCUCCCAUGGGUGGACUUGCAGUUGCGUGGGUCCUGUGCUUUUUCUCUUUUAACUAUCAGACAUUGUACUAUCCUUGUGCCAUAGUUCAUUGGUAUGCUUAUGUGCUUGAAGGACGUGAUCCCGACACAGGCAUGUAUGUCGUCACACCGACGACAACUGGUGAUGGUGUUCCAGACAUCUCAAUUAUUCACAUUGAUUGCAUCUUUCGUGCUGCCCAUCUCAUUCCAGUCUAUGGCCCAGACUUUAUCCCCAAAAUCAGUCCACACGACUCGUAUGACAUGUUCAACUUGUAUUAUAUCAACAGAUAUGCAGAUCACCACGCUUUUGAAAUAGUGUAA